AUGCGAUCACCGAAUGAAAUGAAAAAGAAACGAAAAGAAAGCGAGGCCAACGAGCGGUCGAACCUGCCGGAGAUUUUGAAGUCGCAUUACUCGCUGGAGCGUGGUUCGAGGCUUAACAAACGGUGCAGGGAAGACGGCCUGGCCACGAUUCCCACUCGCGGCGCGUCGUUACUUUUGACGCCGGCACGGGGACUGAAGCGGAAGAUAGGGUGCAUUGACAACGCCACGCAGAUGGGGAGGAGCGUGAGGAUCGAGGACGAUUACUUGACGGGGGGGAGCACGAUCGGGCAGGGGAAGUUCGGGUCGGUGACGGUGUGCCGCGCACGUGCGGGGGGUGCCGUGUACGCUUGCAAGACGCUGAGAAAGGGGGAGGAGACGGUGCAUCGCGAGGUGGAGAUAAUGCAGCACGUGUCGGGGCACCCAGGGGUCGUGACUCUGAAAGCGGUGUAUGAGGAUGCGGAGUGUUGGCACCUUGUCAUGGAGUUGUGCUCUGGGGGGAGAUUGGUUGAUAAGAUGAAGGAGGGCCCGUGUUCGGAACUCGUGGCGGCUGGGAUACUGAAGGAGGUGAUGAUGGUGGUUAAGUAUUGUCAUGAUAUGGGCGUGGUACAUAGGGAUAUUAAGCCUGAGAAUGUUUUGCUUACUGGAACUGGGAAGAUCAAGCUCGCUGAUUUCGGCCUCGCCAUCAGGAUUUCUGAGGGUCAGAAUUUGACAGGUGUGGCUGGGAGCCCUGCAUAUGUUGCACCAGAAGUGUUGUUGGGUAGAUAUUCUGAGAAGGUGGAUAUAUGGAGUUCCGGGGUGCUCCUUCAUGCUUUGUUGGUUGGUGUCCUUCCAUUUAAAGGAGAUUCACAGAAGGCAGUUUUUGAGGAAAUUAAAAAUGUCAAACUAGAUUUCCAAACGGGGGUGUGGGAAUCCAUAUCUAAACCUGCACGAGAUCUUGUUGGGAAAAUGCUGACCAGGGAUGUUUCAGCAAGGAUAACAGCUGAUGAAGUACUAAGCCAUCCAUGGAUAUUGUUCUACACGGCACGAACAUUGGAGAUGCUGCCUGUAAAAUCAAAAUUGAAACUCCAAAAUGCAGCUACUUGCCACAAGUUUGUUGCUGCACCCGAGUCUGGGUUUAGGGGAAACAAGAUGGAUAAUGGUUCCCUAAAUGGUUCAAGCACGUUUUCAUCCUCUGAAAGUUGCAAUUCAGAAUAUCAUGAUGAUUGUGAGUGGAUUGAUGCACUUGCCACUGCAGUUUCACAUGUGACUAUAUCCGGAACAAAGAGAACCAAGGUGUGGGGUCCCACUGGUCCAAUUGAUCCACAAGGUUCAUCUAACUUGAAGACUAACCUCUGUAAAGCAUUCUGA